AUGACAGUCGCCAUGCCUGGGGAACGAGCGGACGAGCAUGCAUUUCUCAGCUCCGUCGAGGGCGAGAUUUCCUUCUUCCGUUCCAUCAUGCGCGCCCGCCCCGUCGGUAUACACCGCUACUUCCACGUUCUCGCCAUACGCAAUGCCAUUCUCAAGGAAACAGGUCGCUCGGUCCAUGUAGAAACUAUCUGGGAGAAGCUGCGCGAGUGCUACGACCUCGACGCGUUGGAUGCUAUCGACAUCGAAGCGCAGGGGUACCUCUCGGGCAAAUCCAAUUCAUCACCUGUCUCAAUCCGAUCACCAUCCCCAUCCGAGAACCUCGCCGCGCACCCGUUCUUCCGCGAAGAGUUCUCGCUGCCGUACGAAGAGUUUGAGCCUAUUAUUGCGCAGCGUCGCCUGCGCUCUACCGCGUCUCUACCCUCGACCCCCGCGACCUCCCCGGCUCCUAUGUCUAUACCCACUGCGGCCACGGCCGCGCCUAGUCCACGUGCAUCCGCGUCAACGUCUGGCAACAAACGCGGGGCGGGGCGGAAGCGCGGAACAAAGAGCGCGCGGAGCAAACUGAAUCUUGCGGGGCUCGUGGGUGGAGACAGCGAUAGCAGCGCGCUGACGCUGGAGAGCGGGGACGAGGGAGGCGCGCCGGAGACGCCGAGGGAGAGUGUGGUCACUGGCACGGAUGCUGGGACAGAAUAUGCGGAAGAUGAGGACACGGAGAUGCGCGAACCAUCACCUGCGGCAGAGGCAUCGCCAAAGCCAACGCGUGGACGACCACCAAAAGCUGGGCGAAGAGGGCGUGCAGGCGCACCGCGGGGUGCGCCUUCGACGCGCGGGGCGAAGAAGAGGAAACGUUGA